AUGGAACAAGCAAGAGAACUUGGACUUGUGUUUCUACUUGCAGUGGCGUUGAUCAGCCCGUGUUCGGUUGAUGGAAUGCAUGACUUCGAGCAAGAAAAUGGGGUUGUUGGGUUCAAUUCUAGUUCCAGCACCAAGGUUUCCAGUGAGAACCAUAUGUUCAUCAGGGAUGUACAGGACAAAGGCACAAAUUCUUCUGAAGAAAUUUUAGUCCAAAGCAAUAGUAAUAUGAACAAUGGUGGGAAAGGAGGAGGAAAUGGUGGCGGUGGAGGUGGCGGUGGCGGUGGUGGUGGUGGUGGCGGUGGAGGAGGAGGAAGUGGCCAGGGUAAUGGAAGGGGAAAUGGCAGAGGGGGUGGAGGAAAAGGUAACCCACACAAGAAAAGAAAGCCAAAGGGCAAUGGCGGUGGGCAAGGGGGUGGUGGUGGUGGUGAAGGAGGAGGAGGAGGAGGAGGAGGAGGAGGGGGUGGUCAAGGUGGAGGUUGGGGUUGGGGAGGAGGUGGCAACCAUGGUGGCUGCUGGAUUUGGGGAUGUGGUGGCACAAGAAAAUCAAUUGGAGGGAGGACUUAG